ACUGUUUUCGUGGCUGGACCAGAGUACGUUGAACUUGAGACUAGUCGCUUUGAUCUCCUGCUGGUUCCCACUGUUCCUCCACCUGAAGUACCUUUGAUCCGCGAUGUCUCCUCUCGCACGGUGGCUCCGCAGCGGACCUGCGGGCUUCAGGCAGCUGUGGCGCCGCAGACGCUCGGAAGAGUUCGUCAGUUUGUCUCCGGACGCGAACUUGUUGCGCUGCAGCUCGUCCGCCGCGUUUCCCCCGAACACACACCGUCAAACCCGCAGCGGCUCCAGGUGCUUCACCGGCUCUGCCAGGACCGAGCCGGUCCGGAUCGGCUGUGCCUCCGGGUUCUGGGGGGACACAGCGACCUCAGUGCCUCAGCUGAUCUACAGCGGGAAGCUGGACUUCCUGGUUUUUGACUACCUCAGUGAGAUCACCAUGUCUCUGCUCACCGCCACCAAGGCCAAGAUGCCUAAUCUGGGCUACACUCCGGAUUUCGUCCACGUCGCUCUGGCUCCGUUCAUUAAUGACAUCCACAGGAAAGGUAUUCGUGUCGUCAGUAACGCAGGAGGCGUGAACCCUCUGGCCUGCGCCGAGGCCAUACAGGAAGUCAUCAAGAAGGCGGGCCUCGACCUUAAGGUCGCUGUGGUUACCGGCGAUGACCUCAUGCCCCAAAGAAGCAGCCUCGCUGAAGUAAAGAUGGCGGACGGCGGCAGCAGACAGCGGUUACCGAAAACGCUCCACAGUAUGAACGCUUAUCUCGGUGCUGGUCCGAUCCGGCGGUGUCUCGAUCUCGGGGCCGACAUCGUGGUGACGGGACGCUGCGUGGACAGCGCGGUGGCUCUGGGGCCGCUCAUGCACACCUUUGGCUGGCAGAGGGACGACUAUGACCUACUUGCAGCUGGGAGUCUUGCAGGUCACCUGAUCGAGUGUGGCGCUCAGAGUACAGGAGGGAUCUUCACCGACUGGCACAAAGUUCCUGACUGGGACAACAUGGGUUUCCCGGUCGUCGAGUGCUCCAGGGACGGAUCCUUCAUUCUCUCCAAACCGCCCAAAACCGGCGGCCUCGUCUCCUUCGGCACAGUGGCCGAGCAGCUGGUGUACGAGAUCGGCGACCCACGGCGUUACCUGCUGCCCGACGUCAUCUGUGACUUCAGCCAGGUGGCCAUCAAGGAAAUACCAGGUGUAGAGGGAGGGGCUGUCAAAGUGACCGGUGCUAAAGGCUUCACUCCGUCACAUGACUACAAGGUGUGUGCGACCUACAUGGACGGGUUCAGGGCGACGGCGGUCUGUCCAGUUGGAGGGCCGAGAGCCACAGAAAAGGCCAGACGGACGGCGGACACCAUCAUCAAACGCACGAAGCGGAUGUUCAAGCAGCUGGGAAUGGAAGAUUUCAGCUCCGUCAACGUCCAGGUCCUGGGAGCUGAGGACACUUAUGGUCCCAACGCUGACACCAAGGGCUCCAGAGAGGCAGUGAUUUGGAUGGCCGUCCACCACAAACAGAAGAAAGCUCUGGAACUUUUUUCCAGAGAAGUAGCUCCUGCAGGGACCGGGAUGGCUCCCGGACUCACCGGCAUCGUGGGCGGACGUCCCCGAGUGUCUCCUGUUCUCAAGCCGUUCUUCUUCUUGCACCCGAAAUCUGAACUCAAGGCCGACAUUCACGUUGACGGACAGUUGGUGGAGUCGCUUUCAGAGGCGGGACCAGACAAGAAUGAGCUGGAGGCCCCUCCCACCACAGCAGACGACGCACCUGACAGAGACCUGCCCAGUGGACGAUACAGCUACAGACUGGAGGAACUGGCCUACACGAGGAGCGGAGACAAAGGAGACUCAGCCAACAUCGGCGUCGUCGCUCGUCAUCCUCUUUUCUUCCCGUACCUGAAGAAACACCUGACGUCCUCAGUGGUGGAGGAAUAUUUCUCGCACCUCCUUCAGCCGGGAGUCGCCAACGCUGUCACACGAUUCACGCUGCCGGGGAUCCACGGCCUCAACUUCGUGUUGAACAGUUCACUGGGUGGGGGAGGGGUGGCGUCCCUGCGCAGCGAUCCCCAGGGUAAAGCCUUCGGUCAGAUGCUGCUGGACGUGAAGCUGAGGGGGCUGCCUGACCUCAAGUCACUGGUGGACUGAGAGACGUCAACGAGCGGCGGAGACGUGGAAGAAGUUCCCAGCAAGAGAAGGAAGACGAACGUGAGACAUAGGAUCAUUCACAAUCACGUACGAGAGAAAAUAACCCAAUCAAGGAGAAGACAGUUUAGUUUAUACUGUACAAUUUAACGCCAAACAGCGAAUCCAGUCCGUUUUAUUAUUCACACACAUUUGCUUCUGAAGGUUUUAGGAUCUGUACAACAUUUGAGAUUUGGCACAGAUUCACAGGAUUUUAACCACAAUGAGAAACAAAAGGGUGACGUCCAGGAAACUGUCAAAUACACCGCCACCACACCAUAAAUAAUUUUUAUGAGGGAAGCUUGAAUGUUCAGAUUCGACCUUGGAACAAGCAGUUUAAGAACAAAUGUGGGGUCCAUGAGAUGUGGCUGAAAGCUCUGUGGUAAAAGUUUAAAGAGGCUUCAGUUCACCAGGAGCAACCGGAACAACUACAGUUGUUCUCUCACACAUCUCAAUUCAAAAAGAGACACAUCCGACCUCCGCUGCUACACGACUAAAAAGAAGAAGUUUCCAACGAUCAAAUUAAAACUCACUGUUGCUACGGUUACGCCUGGCGUCCAUACUAGGAGUGAUCGCAGUCAUCGUUUCAUUUUAGUCAAAGCUUCUCAAAUUAAAUUCAUUUUCAUCUUCUCUUUGUCUCAUGACAGUAAACUGAAUAUCUUUGGGUUGUGUUAUUUUUUUUUUUACCUUUUCUAUUCUAAACUAAUAAUCAAUUAAUCAAGAAAAUAACCAACCGAUUGAAUCAGUAAUGAAAAUGGCCGUUAGCUGCUGCACUAACUCAAAGCUCCUGAGCAGAAAGUUGAGGUUUCUCAACUACUUCUUUCCAAACUUUUCAGCCAGCUUGGAUAAAAUGUCUGAGUAAAUCCGCUGCUGAGGACCAUGUAAUGUGGUUAAAAGUUCCAAAACAUCUAUUAAAUGGCCCUUGAGGUGAAGAUGGUUUUGUCAACUGACAAUUAUUUUGUCAGGAUUUGAUCUUUGUAUUGAAAAAUGGUUGUUAACUGAGUAUGAAUCACAGGAUCCAACAUCCAAAACCUCUGAACAGAAUGGUAAAUGGCUGCCUGCCACCAUCGCCAACAUGUCGAGGGUUUUCCAGCCCAGAGGGGGACAUGAUGAUGAUCUGGAUUUAAACUCCUCGCCAGCUUCAGGGAAAUUGCCCCUGACCUCCUACUUCUCUCAGAAGGGGAGUGGUGGUUUGGCUUUCCCUCGGAGGGUAAACAAAGUAUCCGCCCGGGCAGCGAGACGCUCCGCUCAGAUAUCAGAGGAGACACAUGCUCGCAGGCCUCGCGUCGAACGGGCCCGACGCCUGGUUUCCCCACGGCGCGUUCACCUCAACACGACCAGGCUCCAGUGUUCGCCGCCCCGCAGGAAUGUGAGUCUCCUUCCACCAAACCGACUCUGUGGCCUCUGGUCUGUUUAUCUAUAAUUGCAAACAGGCUGAAGCUGCAGACAGAGUCGCUGCAGAGCUUCUGUCAUGGAUAAAAACUCAUCUCACCCACCUCCUCUGAAUCAUUUUCUCCCUUCCCCAAAUCUUCCUCCUCAUGCUGCUGCACUUUUCUCUCAUCAGCAAAAAUGUGGAACGUCUCCUCUUCCUCUUUUCUUCUUUGGAUUCUUAGCCUCUCUUUGAUGUGUCUCUGACCUUUGACCUCCUCUGGUUCUUUGGAACUUUGCUGAUCUCUGUACCAAAAAGUAUUUCGUCAAUGGGGCGAUUCCAAACAAGAAAAAGGAAACCACAUUAAACGCCUUCCUCAACCAAUAAAUAAACUGCUUUCUUUCUGACAGACAUUCAAAGACAAUGAAACCAUAAGUGGCAACAAGACUAAUCUUCACAGACGUGAAUUGGAACCAGAGUUUAACGAGUGUAAAUCAGGCCAAUAAAAGAAGAAUCACACGAGAAAAAUAAAAACCCAUCGGAACGACUUUUGGAUUUAACUGAAGGGAUCAGAUGUGAGGUGUUAAAAUCAAAGCUGUGAAUUCCAACUCAAUUCCUGUUUCAAUAAAAGCCCAAAGUCCACUUUACAUGGAAAAACUCUCACGUCUCAAAGAUGAGAACGAGGUUCGGGAGAAAAAUGUUGGAAUUUACAUCUGUCCUGCAUAUUGUUGCUUCCCAAAACUCCAACCCUGUGAUUCCCAGGGAACAUUUUCUUUUGUUAAUUAUUUGUGAAAACUCUUCAUCAUUGUGGAACAGCAAAAUAACUAACAUGGACCACAUGAUGUUUUCCAUAACACUUCACAACUGUGUAGAAAAAUGAUUUCCUGGCAGUUGUUGCUCAUUUUCUCACACGUUUUAAUAAUUUCUAAAGGUCCGAAGCAGCAGGGGUUAAUUAAAUCUUCAUUAAAGUUUCCAUGAUGUUUCUGCUCAUUAACAAAAAUAUGUUCUCAUGCACAUGGAGAGAAAGAAAAACAAAAAGAAAAACUCUGCAGUGUCGGAAAACAAUUUUUUAUUUUAACUUCACCACUAAUAACAAAAUUUUUACAUAAAGUCAAAAUAUAAUUAAAUCAAGACACUGAAUGUUGUGAACACCUGUGCCAAAUUUCAUGUUAAUCCAUCCUGUAUUUGUGGACCGUACGUAAGAGCAUAGGACUGAGAAUUGAGCUUUGUUCAACACCAGGUAUAUUCUGUUAUUUCAAGCUUCGUUAGGUUGCACAAAAAGCUGUGAAGGUUUUCAGACAGAUUCUCAUCAAACUCUGUGAUAUUGAUUAUUAGAACAGCCUUUGUUCUUCAGGUAUUUGAAUCACUAAAGACUGUGGACAUUUGUGCCAAAUUUCAUGGUAAUCCGUUCUGGAGUUGUUGAGAUCUGGAACAUAUUGUUGCUGUUUGGUUAAAAAAAAUCCAAGGUCCAAGAAUUGAACCUUGUGGAACACCAUAGAUUUCCUUUUUUUUAGCUUAAUAUUAAAAACUCUACUAGUGGAAACCACAACAAGCUCCAACUUCUCUUACUCCAAGGGAACGCAGUAAAAGUUCGGUUAAACUACGAUCUUAUGUUUUCAUAGAUUCGAAGAGAAAGUAACUAUAGAAACAACAUUAUUUAGAAUAUCAAAGGUACAUCUAGUAAAUCUGAAAGCUGCUAGUCAGUUUCUUCUCAGGAUGUUUUUAGGAAAUGUUUUAAACUCUGUUCUCCACAUGAAGCCUUUCUCUGGAACCACAUGUGCAUUUUUUGUAUCACUGUUGAUUCUAAUAGGGGGAGAACCACUUCAGUUCUAAGGUUCUCUGUCAUGUUACUGCUCUUCGUACAUCUGCGAAAAACUGUUUAAACUUGAAACUCAUUUUAUAAACCACACAUGAUUAAAUCCAUAGAAUCAGAAAUGUUGUAAUUAACGAUCUUAGACGACUAAAAACGUAAAUCAUGAGAAAUGUGAAAAGAAAACCACUGAACACAAACAGUGAGCCUGUGUGAUUUUUGUAGAUAAUUACUAAAGAGAUUAAAGAUAUUUAUAUGAAUGCA